AGGCUGUGGACAAGUGAGAGAAAACAAGAACCAGUAUUGCGAAAUAUAGAAAAAAUACAGGGCGAGGACAAAGAAGAGACCAUGGAAGAAACAGGAAAAUGGCCGUUUAACGAGGCAGCGGAGAGGAGAUUGUGGUCGUCCUGCACAUAGUCGAGGCAAAACAAAGGACUCUACCUAUUUUUUAAUGCCGUGGCUGGAGCAAACGCACGGUAAGCUUAAAAGACGGAAAAUCGUUUUUAAUCCGUCUGCAGAUGCUGUGCCAGCUUGAGAUGGCUGUUGCAGGUCACUGCAAAAAUACAAGGGAUAGUGUACAUCUUUGUUUAUUUUUUGUCGUCAUUUUUAUACUGAGUGGCCUUGCAAAUGCACAAAUCAGCUAUAACAUUCCCGAGGAGUUGGAGACCGGGGCUGUCGUCGGAGAUAUCAUUAGAGAUUUGGGACUGGACCUGCGAAAGCUCGCGACUCGUCGAAUCAGAAUAAGCUCGGACAGUGCCAGACGGUACUUUAACAUCAAUCACAAGACUGGUAAGCUUUUGGUGAGUGAUCGGAUCGACCGCGAGACUGUCUGCGAGUUCAGCGGUAGUUGCACUAUUAGCCUUGAUGUUGUAUUAGAAAAUCCUCCCGAAGAGCACAACGUGGUGAUCGAAAUUUUGGAUACAAAUGACAACGCGCCACUUUUCCCCCGAGACGAGUAUCAGCUGGAGAUUUCGGAGGCGGCUCAGCCUGGCGCACGGUUUCCUAUUGAAGGCGCGCAGGACGCUGACGACGGCUCAAAUUCCGUGCGUUAUUAUCGCCUCUCGCCAAACGAACAUCUUGCUCUAGACUCUAACAAACCACCUACCAAUGAAAAGCACAUAGAACUCGUUUUAAAAAAACCCUUUGACAGGGAGAUGGUGGCAUCACACCAGCUUGUUCUUACUGCUACUGACGGCGGUUCACCUCCGCGCUCAGGUACGGCUAAAAUCAACUUGCGCGUGUUGGAUACAAAUGACAACGUGCCCAAAUUUGACAGCUCUGUGUACAAGGUAAAACUGCGUGAAAAUUCGCCCCUUGGCGCUUUAGUGAUUAAACUGAAUGCUACCGACCGAGACGAAGGCACAAAUGGAGAAGUUUUUUACUCCUUUAGUUCAUACACCCCGGAAAAGGUUCGGCAGGUGUUCAGUAUGGACUCUGACACUGGAGAGAUCCGUGUAAGAAGUAAUGUGGAUUAUGAAGAGACCAACAGCUAUGAAAUGUAUAUUCAGGCUAUGGAUCGGGGUCAUGGGGCAGUAGCAGUGCAUUGUAAAGUCGUGGUGGAGGUGUUGGAUGUUAAUGAUAACCCACCUGAAAUUGUGCUCUCCACUUUAUCCAGCCCAGUCAGGGAGGAUGCUCGAGCAGACACUGUGGUGGCCCUGAUCAGUGUAAAUGACCGUGACUCUGGACAAAACAAACAUGUCACCCUAGACAUAAUUCCACCUGAUCUCCCCUUUAAAAUUAAAUCAUUUAGAAACCACUACACUAUAGUCACAGCUGCCUUCCUGGACAGAGAGACGGUAUCAUCAUAUAAUGUCACAGUUACUGCAGUUGAUGGUGGAUCACCUGCACUGUCCUCUUCAAUGACUGUACGUGUAGAUGUGGCAGAUGUAAACGAUAACCCACCACGUUUUGAGCAGACCUCAUACACAGUGUAUGUCACUGAAAAUAAUGCCCAAGGUGCUUCUUUGUGUGUCAUUAAGGCCACAGAUCCUGAUGCCAAUGAAAAUGCGCGCAUCACAUUUACUGUCCUCAAUGACAACAACCACGGGAUUUCGGUGGGGUCAUAUGUGUCUGUCAAACCUGCCACAGGUGAGGUUUAUGCCUUGCGCUCUUUUGACUUUGAGAAGCUACGAGAGUUUCACUUCCAGGUCAAAGCUCAAGACAAUGGUGUGCCACCCUUAAGUCGGGUGGCAACAGUAUAUGUUUAUGUUAUGGACUCCAAUGACCACACACCAUGGUUUGUCCAUCCACCAGUCAAUGUUUCUCACACGGCGGAGACUAUCCUCCGGAAUGCAGAGGCAGGUAUUCUGGUGACCCGUGCACUGGCAUGGGAUGGUGAUGCAGGUCAGAAUGCUUGGCUAUUCUACACACUCGAGCAUCCACCUGAGCUUGACCUGUUCAAGGUGCAUGAGCACACAGGAGAGAUCCGAACCACACGACGUGUUGUUGAAGACAACUCCACUGUCUUCAGUCUUACAGUGCAUGUCAAAGACCAUGGUCUGCCACCACGCUCUGCCUCUGCAACUAUUAAUGUGGCUAUUAUGGAGCUCCCCCCAAAAGUGGCUUCUGACCCCAAACGCAUAAUUAGGCCCCAUGGCACUCUAAUCUUCUCUGACGUCACACUAUACCUUAUUGUUGCCCUCACUGCCACCACCUUUGUCUUCUUGGUCACUGUGUUUGUCCUGGCUAUUGUGCGCUGCCAUGCCUACUGUAGUCAGCCUGAUGCAUGCUCCUGCUCAUCCUGCUGUGGAUCUAAGAAGAAAAAGCUGCCAAAGGAGGGUGGAGGAAAUGGAGGAGGAAGCGGUGGUGGCAGUGGUGGGGCCUCAGGAGGAGGAAACCAGCAGCAGCAACAGGCUGUGGACUUACGAAGGGACCUUAAAGUGGAGCCUCACUACAUUGAAGUUCGUGGAAAUGGCUCUCUAACCAAAACCUACUGCUACAAGACUUGCCUAACAGCCACUUCUGGAAGUGAUACCUUCAUGUUCUAUAACAUGGGCCGGCCAAUUAGUGGGACAUGGGGGUCAGGGGCUGAGCGUUUCUUCACCAGCCAAAGUGGACAGUUUGUGCGCAGGCUUAGUAUGCCUGAUGCUACUGCCAUACAGCCAAAGGGUCCUGGUGCAGACUGGAGAUACUCCGCCUCUCUUAGAGCAGGAAUGCAGAGCUCAGUCCAUAUGGAGGAGUCGUCUGUAAUGCAGGGGGCUCAAGGUGUUCUGGUGCAGAAUUGGCCCACCGUCUCUAGUGCUCCUGAUAAUGAUGGUGGGGAAGUAUCUCCUCCUGUAGGUGCAGGUGUGGACAGUAACAGUUGGCAUUUCCGCUAUGGUCAAGGCCCUGGCAUGCCCCCUCAGCAUCUGAAGCCUGGAGAGGUUCUUCCUGAAGCCUUUAUCAUCCCUGGCUCACCUGCAAUAAUCUCCAUAAGACAGGGGCAAGAUGGAGAUGACAAGAGCGACUUUAUCACCUUUGGCAAGAAAGAGGAGGCCAAGAAGAAGAAAAAGAAGAAGAAGGAGAAGGAGAAGAAAGACAAGAAGGAUAAAGGGAAAGAUGAUGAUGACUAAAACGAUGACUUGUAUAUAGGACAGAGAUCUCAACAAAAGUCUUAAUUAGUUAUUCAGCAAGGUAGUGGGUAAAAUGGGUCAUUUGAAUAUGUUUUAAUUUAUUAGGCACUAACCAAAGUAUUUAAUGUUGAGCCAAUUUACGUAAGUCCAAGAUGACUCACUGUGCCACAAUAUUAAAUUUAGGUAUACAUAACACAAUUCUCUUCAAUUAUAAUUGAUUGAUGGCCAGUUUUUUUUUCAAAGUUCUUGCCUACUCAUUCUAAUCUAAUGAGAAAAAGAAGGCUGUAGAUUACUGUUGACACCUCUGUCUUAUUUACCAUCACGACUUUUGUUUUCUGAUUUUAUCAGAAAAUAUGGUAAAAUUUUAAAAGCAGUGCACCACUUCUGAUGAUUCAUAGAUGUAACAGAAAAGGAGACAAAAAGCUGUCGGAAAAAAAGAUCUUUGAGAUUGGGAGUGGUGUGUAUGCUGGUGUAAAUAUGGCUGCAAACAGAGAAGCUCUCUGUCAUGCUGUAAUGUGAAACAGAAAAUGCUAAACUAAUGCUUUUGCUUGCUCUGCUAUCUGUUUGUAUAUCCAUGGUGGAGAAGCCUUCCAAACAUGAGGACACAUUUCACCUGACAUUCAUUAAAAAAGAUAAAAAGAAAGAAAAACAGUGUUGAAUGUUAAGGUUUGUUCUAUUUACCUUAACUCUCUCCUAGCCACUGUAUAUGUAUAUAUAUGUAUAAAUCCUUAUCUCAACCUCACAAUAAAAAUACAGGGUUGAAAAUCAGCACUGCUUUAAUAGUAGCCCUUCUGGUAUUGCACCUAUUUUGGUAUCUUUUCAGAGACAUACUUUGCCUUGGAAAAGUCAAAUAUUUAAUGAUGCACCAACUAAAACUGAAGGAACACAUUUCUGGAAAAAAAAAUGGGAACUGGAAAGAAACCAAGACAGGCAAAGAUAGUCUCAGAAAGAAAAGCUGCCUGUUACUUAAGAAUUAUGUUUUCACUAUUUAUUUCCCUGAGGAUUAAGUUAUACAUCUAAGCAACAAACUACAUGUAUGCAGUAUGUAUGAAGAAUGAACAUGACUCUGAUAUAGAAAACAUGUGAGCAGUGUUGCUAAGCUAAGAUGUAUCUGUACAAUACAUGUAAAAGGAAACAAUGUUUGUGCUAAUGUAUAAAUCUCAUAGACCUUCCAUCCCCUAAAAACUUUGCAGUGGCCUGAAGCUUAUGCUUUAAAUGCUCAGUAUUGCUUGUCAUAAGCUAAUUUUGCUUUAAACUUUUAUUUUUGACCUCAUAUUGUGCCUGCUUUUUUAGCCCAUAUAAAGAUAUUGUGUGAUGUUUUGUAUAAGGUACCCUUUACUGUCUGUGUAAAAGUACUAACAACUGCUCAAGAUAAAAGAACAAAUUAAGCUCAGUUUUAUUUUAAAAAUGAAAUGUGGUUUUGUUAUAUAUCUUUUAUAAACUUUAAUUAAUUUGUAUUGUAUCUCGGCAGUGCAGUUACAGUGCAUAUUUUGUUCUCUCUUUCCUACUCUAUCUUUCUGUUAUUGGGUUUUUAUCCUGUUUUGCUCUGAAUGUUGAAUAGCCUACCAUUGGACUGUAAAUAAUAAUUAUCAAUUCCCCUCAAAAACAGACUGCUCUGAGAACUUUCUACGCUCAAUUGAAAAGACAGCCCUAUUCUUUUAACUAUCUUGCAAAUUCAUUAUUCACAUGACUAUUUAUAAAUCAUUUGAAUGGAAUUAUGGAUGUGUUUGAAGCAGGGCUUGUGCAUACUCUCAUGACAUCGUUUAAAUGAAAUCCAACGAUUGGACCCUUGCUCAAAUGUGUGUUGCAGGAAUUGUUCAACAGAACAGAAAAGAUUAGCUGAUGGUCUGGGAAUGAACUUUAGCCAGAGCAGCUCAUUAUAUUGGCUAAAAAUAAAUACUUAAUAAUCGUUUUAUUCUAAUAUGAAUGCUUACAUUGCUUAGAUUUCACUGGAUAACUGCAGUACAAAAUCUAGUCAAUGGAAUUGACUGAAUGGAAAGGGCUUCUGCCCUGUUGGAUCUGUCUACAGUCUGCUUAUACUAUACAACCUCAAACCAGUGUCACAGUGAUACAUCUGUGUUUACUGCAUGACAGAACACAUGUACUUUAUAGAUAUACACAUAUAUAAAUGUAGAUAUAAAUUGCUAUAAUUUUGCUAGUUUCCUUUUCAAUUUGUAUUCAUUACAUGCACAAGAGAACUGUGUAUGUACUGUCUAUGCCAGACAUUUGCAUUAAGACAACGUCUGCAUCCACUCAGAACAGACCACAUUACUAAACCUUUUAAAUGGUUGUAAAUGAUUUAUAGUGCAAUGUCAUGAACUUGUCCACAUCUUUCUGCCCUUUCAAUUUGUUUUUGAGAAAGUAAGAUGGUUAAAAAAGAAACACUUUUGUGUAUAGCUUUGACAUACUGAUCUAACAGUGUAUUAUUGUAACUGAAUUAAUGUAUCAUGACUCUGUUUACUUUACCCUUUUCAUUUAAUGAUUAAAAAUGUAAAAAAGACAAUGUAAAAUACAGUAGAUGUAGUUCAUGCUUGUACCUAGUAAACAUUCAUACAGUCAUAUUUUCACAGUGUCUGGUGGUUAUCAGUAGGUGGCACUAGGAUGACCAGUGCUUAUCUGUUUUGUGCUCACCUUUUUGUACAUUUGCUCAUCAAACUGUGACAGUGACAUAGUAAUUUUCAUUUUCUCUCAUUUUAUUUUACUGAAGAAAAGUGGUAAUGUGUUUUGUUUAUAAAUCACCAAAAAUAAAUAAAGGUUUCUUUAUUAAUAA